UCUUGCGCGCAUUGAUGACGUUACGGCGCUUCUUCUGAAGAUAACACAGACGGGCUCAUUUACAAACGCGUGAAACAGUACAGCCAUGAACUGGAACAAAGGUGGUCCGGGUGUUAAGCGAGGUUUUGGGUUUGGAGGAUUUGCUCUUGCAGGGAAAAAGGAGGAACCUCGCCCUCCUCCAAAUUCACACACAGCACUUGGAGCCACAGGAUCAGGGGGAGGAUACGGGAAGAACCAACAGCUCCCAUCAUUCUACAAAAUAGGGACCAAAAGAGCUAAUUUUGAUGAGGAAAAUGCGUAUUUUGAAGAUGAUGAAGAUGAGUCUGGUAGCAACGUGGAUCUACCGUACAUCCCGGCUGAAAAUUCGCCCACACGACAGCAGAUGCAGUCUGGUGGUGGCUCAGACAGUGAGGAUGACCCACUUGAUGCCUUCAUGGCAGAAGUUGAGGACCAAGCAGCUAAAGACAUGAAGAAACUAGAGGAAAAGGAAAAAGAGAAAAAGUCAGCCAAGGGUAUUCGUGAUGACAUUGAAGAAGAAGAUGAACAAGAAGCCUACUUCCGCUACAUGGCAGAGAAUCCCACAGCUGGGCUGACCCUGGAGGAGGAGGACGAGAACAUUGACUAUGACAGCGAUGGGAACCCAAUCCCCUCUGCCACCAAGAAAAUCAUCUUGCCACUUCCUCCUAUUGACCACAGUGAGAUUGAAUAUGCACCCUAUGAGAAAAACUUCUACAAUGAGCAUGAAGAGCUCAGCAGCCUGACUGGAACUCAAAUGUUGGAUUUAAGGCAGAAAUUGAACUUACGAGUAUCAGGUGCUGCCCCUCCAAAACCAUGCACCAGCUUCGCCCACUUUGGCUUUGAUGAACAGCUGAUGCACCAAAUCCGCAAGUCUGAGUACACGCAGCCCACACCGAUUCAGUGCCAGGGUGUGCCUAUAGCCCUGUCCGGGCGUGACAUGAUAGGUAUCGCCAAAACUGGCAGUGGUAAAACUGCAGCUUUCAUCUGGCCAAUGCUGGUUCACAUCAUGGACCAAAAGGAGUUAGAAGAAGGAGAGGGGCCCAUUGCAAUUAUUGUGUGUCCCACCAGAGAACUUUGUCAGCAGAUCCAUGCAGAAUGUAAGCGUUUUGGGAAAGCCUACUCAUUGCGUUCUGUGGCUGUUUAUGGAGGAGGCAACAUGUGGGAGCAGGCCAAGGCUCUACAGGAGGGGGCAGAAAUUGUGGUGUGCACUCCGGGUCGUCUGAUUGACCAUGUUAAAAAGAAGGCCACAUCACUGCAGAGAGUGACAUACCUUGUGUUUGAUGAGGCAGACCGCAUGUUUGAUAUGGGUUUUGAAUAUCAGGUUAGGUCUAUUGCUAGCCAUGUCCGCCCAGACAGACAGACUCUUCUGUUCAGUGCUACUUUUCGAAAGAAGAUAGAGAGGCUCGCCAGAGACAUCUUGAUAGAUCCUAUCCGUGUGGUGCAGGGAGACAUUGGAGAAGCCAACGAAGAUGUGACCCAGGUGGUGGAACUGCUGCCUGGGACGGAUAAAUGGUCAUGGCUGACCCGUCGGUUGGUUGAGUUCACAUCCACUGGCUCUGUCCUCAUCUUUGUAACCAAAAAGGCAAACUGUGAAGAACUGGCCACCAACCUGACACAGGAGGGCUACAGCCUUGGCCUCCUGCAUGGAGAUAUGGACCAGAGUGAGAGGAACAAGGUCAUCAGUGACUUCAAGAAGAAGAAUUUGCCCGUUCUAGUGGCCACUGAUGUUGCUGCUCGAGGUCUGGACAUCCCAUCUAUUCGCACAGUCGUGAAUUAUGAUGUGGCACGAGACAUUGACACGCACACACACAGGAUUGGUCGAACUGGUCGUGCUGGAGAGAAGGGUCUCGCUUACACCCUUCUCACCAACAAAGACACAAAUUUUGCUGGAGACCUUGUGAGAAAUCUGGAGGGAGCUAAUCAAGCUGUUUCCAAAGAUCUGAUGGAUUUAGCUAUGCAGAAUCCGUGGUUCAGGAAGUCCAGAUUCAAGGGUGGUAAAGGAAAGAAGCCAAAUAUUGGUGGAGGUGGUCUUGGUUACAAAGAGAGACCAGGUCUAGGGGCUGAAAGUUCUGAACGCAGCAGCAGCAGUAGCAGCAGCUUGUUGUCUUCCACGAGUAGCUUUGAGGGCUACAGCAAACCAGCUACUGGGGCGAUGGGAGAUCGAAUGGCUGCAAUGAAACAAGCCUUCCAGGCUCAAUAUAAGAGCCACUUUGUGGCUGCAUCCAGUGGUCCUCCUAAGCUCAGCACCAAGUCUAGUGGCUCGUCAGGCUGGACCAGUGCUGGCAGUCUGAGCUCUGUGCCAACAGAAGCUGCCAAUGGCUCAGAAAGGUCCCUCUCUUCCACCAUGUCGAUGUCCGGCUUUACGAGUGCGGGCACCCUGAGCUCAGUGCCCGCCAGUCAAACCGCUUCCCAGCCCAGCUUCCCUCCACCUUCAUCACCGAGAGAAAGCUCACGGGACAGACAUAGUGAAGACCGUGGGCGACAUGGGGACAGUUACCACCGCCACAGUGAUAGAAGUGAACGGCACAGCAGUGACGAUCGCCACAGCGACCGAGAAAGGCAUGGAGACAGAGAUCGUGACCGCCACGGGGAUCGGGAUCGCCACAGUGGCAGCAGUGGCAGCAGCCGCCACAGUGACAGCCGCAACGGGGAUGGAAGCAGGAGGGACAGAGAGGAUCGGAGGAGUGACAGGGAUGGGGGAGACAGGGGGAGUGGGGAGGGGAAGGACAGAGGAGGAGAUGAUAGCUUUGCUGUUCCUGAACCACCAAAACGUAGAAAGAGCAGGUGGGACAACUAAAGAAAAACAGAAACACAUCAAUAGAAUAAUAUGUGCAACCAUCUGCUCAUGACAAGCUUGUCUGUGUAGGCAGAUAGCAGAGGCUGGUUCAAGCACAGAGUGAUAAGGAGGAUUUUGUGGACUUUAAAAAAACUAAAUGAAGUUGACUGAUGCCAUUGUCAGCUUGGCUAGGACCUCCUUAUUUGGUCAGAACUCAACAGUGUGUCAAGACAGAUUUAGCACAAGCAGCUCAGAGAGAGCCACUGUACAUAGACCAUCAGGACUGUUGUUAAAGUCAAUAUGAACAACCAGUAUAGCUGGUGUGAGUAACCAGUUCAAAGUUAGGAUGUCUUUUUUCUUGUCUCAUUUCUACUCACUCAGCUCGUAAUAUGCUUCUGUGCUUGCAAAUCUGACACAUUUUCUUUUCCUAAUAAAUCUUUGCCAAGUGUG